UUUCUGUAGGUACUCAAAUCAAGAAACAACGAAGAAACGAUGUGCAAAACAAAGAAUGUCUAUCUAUGGAUACUCCAAUUAGUAAUCUUCUCAACAUUACUUGCAUUGGUUUUAUGGAUAAGUUUACGUCCUAAAAAUCCUACUUACACCAUUGUUGCUUUCAGCAUUAACCCAACUUCAUCAUCAACAGAUAUUGCUCAGCAAAAUACUACCAGUAGUGAGAGUUCCAGUAACGGUACAGCGAUAGUAUCACUUAAUCUUGAAAUUGAAAAUCCGAAUGAUGAUUCAAGCAUAUAUUACGAUAACGUUAAUGUGACGGUUUAUUACGGGGAAGAAGAGGUGGGAGGAACAGAAAUACCUUCUUUUCACCAAGGAAAGGGUGAGAGUCAUCAAUUUGCAAAAACUGUUCGUACUAGGGGAAAAAUAUUACAGGCAAUUUCUAACCGAACCGCGGAGUUUAGAGUUGGCUUGAUUACACGAAUUAGGUUCAAAACUUCGGGUUUGAAGACCAAGCGAAACAGAAUGGAUUUGCAAGGUCAUGUACAAGUGGGUUCUGAUGGAAAAAUUUCCAAGAAGAAGAAGAAAGUUAGGUUACAUAGAGCUGCGAGGUCCAGAAAAUUCGCAGACUUCUUGCGGGGUUGAUAGCAUAUGUCUGAAUAUAUUUUUAACUUGAUAUUGGUCAUGCUUGAGCGGAGAGUUGUAAAUGCGCGCAAUAUUUUCAU